ACUAUCGCUGAUAGCGCUACUGAUGGGCUGCUACGAGGAACGACCCCUGCUUCCACCAUAGAGGGCACCACUCGCCGCAGCGCCAAGAUCUCGGACCCUCCCCUGUUCUAUAACAACAAGGACAAGGACACUAUCACGUUCAAUACCUGGAUCCGGCAGGUCGAGAACAAACUGGAUGUCAACCACGACCAUUACGAAAAUGAUCGCGCACGACAAUCAUACAUUGAGUUUCGAUUGGCAGGAAAGGCCUCCUACCAGCUAGAGCCUUAUCUGGAAGAGGCCCACCCAAACCAGAUCAAGACUUCAGCAUCCCUCAUAGCCUGGCUGAAGAACGAGUUUCGCAAUGUCAACCGAGCGGAGGAAGCUAUCGAGGAGUUCGAGGCCCUUCGUAUGAAGCCAGGUGAUGAGUAUCACAGCUUCCGCAACGAGUUCGUACGAUUGGCCGGAGAAUGCCGCAAGACUCGUUCCGAGUGGAAGAAAGAGUUCAAGCGUCGUCUCCUCCCUAUAUUCCAGGAUAAACUUAUCCGAGAAUACAUUGACGAUACGGUUGACUUUGAGCUGUAC